GGAAUGUCUAAUAUAUAGUUGAGAUUGUAUGGCAGUUCUUCCCACGUACUGUGCAACGCCCUCCCGUUCAAAUGUGUAUCCUAAGGAAGCGAGAGAUAGACGAUAAUUUUGACGGAAUCAGUCGUAACUGUCGAUCGGAAUACCCCGUGUUGACAUUUUCGAGGUUUCAUGACUAGAAAACACAUUCCGAAUGUCACUCUCAUGAUCUGGUAAGCGACGCUUUCAUUGGGCGGAUGAAAGGUCGUUCUGACUUGACCCGUAAUGGGAUGUCCUCAGAUCUUUGUUUAGCGAUAGCGAGAACUAAGAUCAGAUUUUAAUGAGAUUGAGCAAGUCAUCGAGUGCUAAUUUCAGGCUCUGACAAUAUUUAUCAUUUCGUAUGUUCGCCCAACUCAACUUUCAGUUGUUACUUGAUCCCGUCUCUAGAUAUAUUACGUUGCAAGCGCAAGUCUUACCACCUGGAACUAGUCAAAACUUGUAAUAACGUGUGAUUUUGUCAUUUUGCGAGACUUCAUGUUGUCCUUGGCAACCGUUGCCACUUUGAUGGUAACAUCGACGCCAUUGUUGUUUUAUCUGCACUAAGGGAAUCUGAAAACUGCAUCUACCUAUAAUAUCUUCCAUUGCUUGACUAUCUGCCACCAUGAACGCGAGCAGUUACGUUCAAGUUGAUCGGAUGGUCUGGUUCCCCCUGGCCAUGUCCCCACUGACCUAUCCCGCCCCUUGUCCAAAUCCAACCUUGGAGUCAUUGACCAUCCCUGCCCCCUUAGAUCUGCCUGUCCCCCUUCGUCCCAGCACUGUCCCUUCUGUGUCCCUCACCAUUGCUGGUCAGUUCAUCGUGGACGACACUGACUUUGUUGAAGUAGAUCUUGCUGAUGAGGAAAUCACCCAGCCUUCCCAUUCCUUCCUGAAGGCCUUCAUGUCAAGGGUGGCCAACUUCUUCAGAAGGGUGAAGAAUGUGUUCAAGAAGAAAGUUUAGACUGACAAUUACAAAAUUACAUGUCAUUAAACAUUGAUAUAAUUUGUUACCUAUUAGACAAUUUGUAAGGACCAUACUUAGAAAUUAUUAAAAAGUAUUUUUUGAGCUGGGAUGUAUAAAGUGUUUUGAAAUACAUGAUUAGUUGGUACAUACUUUAGUUGUGUUUUCAUUUGCUUUUUUUCAGAGAGUUGUCUAAUAUCUAAAUCUAUCUUGAUUCACUUCAU